GUGCGUGGACUGCCGCUUUUCCAUAUCUGAACUCAGGCCCAUCGACUGCGAGCAUGGGAAAUGAGUACGGCACACUGCAGCAUAUAUCCCGAGUGCAUCCAGUCUGUUUUGGUGCCGGUGCAAGUCUGAUCCUGAGGGUAUUCCUAUCCCUGAAUUUCCACGCGGCGCCAUGAAUGGGCCGUGCAACUGCUGACUGUCACUCGACCAUAUUCUCCGAGAGCUCCUAGGGGAGCUUCAUGAAGCCACAUGGACACCAUCCCGCCGAUUCAUCCCGUAAGGAUUCUAAUAAGUCGGGCUGCGUGUUGGGGUCUGAGGUGCAGUGGCUAUGUAGGCCGCCGGUGUAUAUAUGUCGCCAUGUCUUACACCAAAGGACAAUUCUGAUCUGAAAUCUUGCAUUCUGUAUCGAACCACCUCAGCAAGCGUGUCUGGCACACUCGUUAUUCAUUCCCUUUUGAGAUCUCCCAAGAUCUCAGUCAUUCUUUACAGCUGCAAGCAGCUCCCAGCACUCAUCCCACUCUCCUUCACCAGCUUUGCUCUUACGGUCCUCAAUAUCCUGAACAAUGGCGGAAAACAAAAAGGUUCUCAAGGCCACCGGCAUCCUCGCCCUGGCCACCAUCGUCAAGGCCCAGGCCUCCUGUGACCUCAAGACCGAGACCCACCCGCCCCUGACCUGGCAGAAGUGCGCCGCCGACGGGACCUGUACCGACGUCGCCGGAAGCCUCACCGUAGAUGCCAACUGGCGGUGGACCCACGACAAGAGCAGCAGCACCAACUGCUACACGGGCAACACUUGGGAUUCCAGCCUGUGUCCCGACGACGCCACCUGCACCGACAAGUGCUGCGUCGACGGUGCCGACUACCAGGGCACCUACGGCGUGGCCGCUUCCGGGUCCAGCCUGAGCAUAGACUUUGUCACCGGGUCCAACGUCGGCAGCAGGCUCUACCUGCUGGAGGACGACAGCUCGUACCAGGGCUUUACCCUGCUGGGCAACGAGUUCACCUUUGACGUGGAUGUUUCGAACCUCCCUUGCGGCCUCAACGGUGCCCUCUACUUUGUGUCCAUGGACCUCGACGGCGGUGCCAGCACCUACUCCAACGCGGGCGCCGCGUACGGAACGGGGUACUGCGACGCCCAGUGCCCGCGGGACCUCAAGUUCAUCGAGGGGACGGCCAACGUCGACGGCUGGACGCCUCUGAAGAACAGCGCGAACUCGGGCGUCGGCGGCAAGGGCUCCUGCUGCGCCGAGAUGGACGUCUGGGAGGCCAACUCGGUCUCGACGGCCUUCACGCCGCACACCUGCAAGACGCCCUCGUACCACAGCUGCAAGGGCGACGACUGCGGCGGCACGUACAGCUCGACCCGCUACGCCGGCGACUGCGACCCGGACGGGUGCGACUUCAACUCGUACCGGCAGGGCAACGAGUCCUUCUACGGGCCCGGCGGCGUCGUCGACACGGGGUCCAAGAUGACCGUCGUCACGCAGUUCGUCGAGGAAGGCGGCUCGCUCAGCGCCAUCAAGCGCUUCUACGUGCAGGACGGAAAGGUCAUCGCCAACAGCGAGAGCAACAUCGAGGGCAACGCCGGGUACGACAGCAUCACGCCCGAGUUCUGCUCCUCGCAGAAGGCCGCUUUCGGAGACGACGAUGUCUUUGCCGCGCGAGGUGGCUGGUCCGGCAUGAGCGACGUGCUGUCCAAGCCCAUGGUCCUGGUCAUGUCUCUCUGGGACGACUACUACGCCAACAUGCUCUGGCUCGACGGAGCCGCCUACCCCACGACCAAGACCGGCCCCGGCGCGGCCCGUGGUACCUGCAGCACCGACAGCGGCGUGCCCUCCGACGUCGAAUCCAAGUCCGGCUCAUCGUCCGUGGUCUACAGCAACAUCAAGUUCGGCCCAAUCGGCUCCACCUUUGACAGCAGCAGCGUCAGCGUCAGCGGCUCCGGAUCCGCCGCGGCCAGCUCAUCUGCACCGCAGGCCGUCGCGCAGUCCUCGACCGCCGCCGCCGCAGCCAAGACCGCCGGAAGUGCUACCCAGUCCUCUGCAGCUGCUGCUACCGCCUCUGUGAAAGCGGCCGAGACCCCGGCGGCCGGCGCCGCUGCAUCGAGUGUCGAGGCUCAGGCCCAGGUUCAGCCGUCGGCUGCCGCCGAGGCCGCGGCGAAGCCGAAGACCUGCAAGAGACGCAACAAGUCUGUUCAGAACUAGAUGACAGAUGACGAAAGGGCUAGGCAGUUUAUGGAGGGGUUGGUAGUGAGGGCGUCGGAAUAUGAGAUUUUGGGGGUUGUUGGCUCAGCUUCAGUUCUUGUAUGUACAUUACAACUUUUAGGUCGUGGAUUUGCAGCAUACACAUACCUGUAAAUAUUA